AUGGACCAAGGAAAUAAUUCAAGAGUUACUGAAUUUGUGUUGCACAGUCUUUCAGGUCCUCAAGAACUACAAAAAUUCUAUUUUGCAUUUUUCACACUUUUCUAUUCAUCCACUGUGUUGGGAAACCUUCUCAUUGUGCUCACAGUCCUUUCCGAAUCUGCCCUCCACACUCCCAUGUACUUCCUGCUCAGCAACCUCUCCUUCAUUGAUGUGUGUCUAUCCAGUUUUGCCACUCCCAAAAUGAUAGCCGACUUCCUCACGGAGCAUAAGAUCAUCUCCUUUGAGGGCUGCAUGUGCCAGAUAUUCUUUCAGCAUGCUUUUGGUGGUGCUGAAAUGAUGCUCCUAGUGGCCAUGGCAUAUGAUCGGUAUGUAGCCAUAUGUCAACCUUUGCAUUAUGUAGCCAUCAUGAGUAUACGUAAGUGCACAGGCCUUGUGGUGGGCUCAUGGCUCAUUGGGAUUCUGCACUCAGUAAGCCAGUUGGUCUUCGUAGUAAGCCUGCCGUUCUGUGGUCCAAAUAAUGUAGAUAACUUUUUCUGUGACCUUCCCUUGGUUAUUAAACUGGCCUGCACUGAUACCUAUGUCCUUGAGAUACUGAUGCUUUCAGACAGUGAUCUAAUGGCUAUGAGCUCCUUUGUGCUCUUGCUCAUCUCUUACACAGUCAUCGUGGUCACCGUGCAACGUCGAUCUUCAUUGGGCAUGGCCAAAGCCCGGGCCACCCUCACUGCCCAUGUCACUGUAGUGACCCUCUUCUAUGGGCCCUGCAUCUUCAUCUAUGCCUUUCCUUUCAACAACUUCUCGGUGGAUAAGGUUCUCUCAAUAUUCUACACUGUUUUCACCCCUCUCUUAAACCCUUUGAUCUACUCAUUAAGAAAUAAGGAGGUAAUAUUGGCUAUGCAGAAACUGAGAAGGUGA